UCAACUAGCCGUUACAUUCUUACAUAUUCAAACUUUCUCCCUCUCUCUCUGCAAAUUUACUUUCUCUCUCUCCAAAUCCAGGAAGCUCAAAUGACAAUCUCAGUAGAAUCUUCGUCUCCUGCUUCACUUAACAAGGGAUCAUCAAGUUUGAUGGGUUCUUCACCAAUUUACAGUCCAUCUUCAGAUAAACGUUUUUGGAGUACUCUACGCAGUAGAAUUGAUACUCUUCUUGAAAAUCGACCCCUUAUUGAUUUUCCCCUCCCUGCUCAAAAGAGUGAUGGAGCAGCAGAGGAUAAAUCAAAGAGAAUGAAGGAGGAUGCUAUGCUUUUACUAAGAGGAUUUGAUUCUGUUUCUUACACUCUUUCAGAGUUAUCUAACAAUCUUGAAAAUGCCCUUCAGGGAGCGAGAGAUCUAGCGAAACCGCCCACAUUAACAGAUAUACUUCAUUACACAAUGGAGAAGGCAAAAAGUGGAGAAAACCAAUCAAAGGAAGGUAAAGAUGAAGGAGAUGAACAAAAGAAAAAGGGUGAAGAAAGCAACAAAGGAUUGAAGAGGAAAUUGGAUGAUUGCUCAGAGGAUUCACAACAAGAUGAUGAUACCAAAAAAGAAAAUGGACAGGUCACAAAAGAGCUGGGAAAGUUCAAGAAAGCCAAAAAUCUUGCAAUUUCCAUGGCAUCAAAAGCAGCAACAUUAGCUCGAGAACUGAAAUCAAUAAGAUCAGACUUACGCUUUAUGCAAGAACGUUCUGCCCUUUUAGAGGAGGAGAAUAGAAGACUUCGCGAUGGCUUUGACAAAGGGAUACCACCAGAAGAAGAUGACCUGGUGAGGCUUCAAAUGGAGGCACUUCUUACUGAAAAAUCAAGACUUGCAAAUGAAAAUGCAAACUUGAAUAGGGAGAACCAAUGCCUUAGACAUCUUGUUGAGUACCACCAGUUGACCUCACAAGAUCUCUCUGCAUCCUAUGAAGAUCUACUAAGAGGAAUGGGUUUGGACAUUUCUCCAGAGGAGGAUACCGAGACAAAUGGCGGAUCCGGGGCACGACAGAAAGAUAUAUACGGUAUUUCCAAAUCACUAGAUGAGAUCUAUGAUGAAGAAUGAAGAAACAAUGAUAAAGUAUAAACCUGUUUUACAAUCAAUGUAGUAAUCCGCCUAUAUCGAGAAUAUUGUAAAAUUUUGUAGCCCAUAUUGCAAGUUUUUUUCUAUAAUGAAAGACAACAAUUAUGUUGUUCAUCC